AUGACCUGGCAUCCUUGACUCUGAGUACUGAAAUGAGAUGAUGUCUUUGGAUGUAGUGAGUAUUGAUUUUUGAAAGUUUGUGAGGAUUUUGCUAGUUAGCAAAAAUUAAAAGUAUUCUGGACUUUGAUAUACCGUUCUAUUAUCGAAGAUAACAAUUGAGUGAUGGAACCACCUAAGGAACCAACUAAGCCCGGCCUGGAAACUGAUGAAGCACUUGCAGCUUCUGCAGCUAAUGCCGUAGAGCAGUGGCGAACGUAUCAAAAUGCAUAUGAUCUGUAUCGGCAGCAAUAUACUGCAUAUGAAGAGUACAUGCGAAAACAAGCAAGUCUUACCAGUAACGAGGAUCAGCAGGCAGCCUACAAUCAAUAUCUAGAAGCACAUCAUAGUUAUCAAAGGCAACUUGAAUACUAUGAGCAUCAAAAAAUGUAUCAAGAAUAUUAUGCUACAACAGGUGAAGUACCUCCUGCGGCUGCAUAUUAUCCAACUACAACCACAAUGCUUCCUUCAUCGAUGGCGGUUCCUCCGCCGGUAGUAGUAAAUACACCGCUCGCAAAUGUUGAUCCUUUUUACAACAGAGGAAACGAACACUAUAGGGAUCCGUCUACAAUAAAACAUAGAUCGGAGGCUUCUGUUAAGCGUUCUAAAGUUUAUACGACAACUAAUUUUUAUGCAAAUCCCGACGACGAGGAGUUGUUUCCAGUAGAUUUGAAGAAACUUUUUGAACCAUUGAAUUGUGGUUUGUGCAAGAGCAAAAUGAAUUCCCACAUCUCGGCGAAUGUACACUAUCAGUCGAAGGUACACGAGAAAAAAAUUGUCCAAUGGUUAACCGAUUACUGCGAACGUACUGGAACUCCCAUGCCCCAUCGGACAAAGCGUAGACCGGUGCAGGUAGAACCAGUGGGGCCCAAUUCACUGCGCUGUGAAGCUUGUGACCUUCCGCUUACAUCGAUUCAGCAUGCUAAUCAGCACUACACGGGAAAACGGCAUCAGAUGGUGGCUCGUGGUAAAAAAAUGCCCGCUGGAAGGGGUUACUACAACAAAGAAGGUGUUUGGACAAGACUUUUGACUGCUUCGGACGAUUCGCCGGAACGCUUUGGAAUUGGACAAUCCUUCGCUAAACAGAAAGCACGAUAUACGGCAAAGGAUGCUAAAAAGAUGCGUCUAGAACCACCACCGUCUCCUCCACCAGUCGUGAAAGAGAUCGUCGGAGAAGCAUUGGAUGGAUUAACGACUGGCACAACCCUGACGGCUGGUUUAGUACAGCCGGAAUCCUCUGUAUAUGUAUCAUCUACAACUUCCGCAUAUGCUCCUACAGUGACACCAAAUUAUGCACAACCUUCCCUGAUCACAGCUGGCUACGAUAACCAAUUAACGGCUCAAGCCUAUAGGAAACACUUUGUUCCGGCCAGUGUUGCUCCGGUUCAUACAACUGUGGACAGUGAAAUACUAAAGAAGGAAAGCGCCGAUUGCGUUGAUGAAACCGGUGUGUUUUGUAAAGUCUGUCAAAUUGCCGUAACAUCUGCUACGGUCAUGGAGACCCAUUUGAAAGGUGUUAAGCAUUUGAAGAAAUUGAAAUCUGUAGGACGUAUGAUUCCUGCAAGUCAGAAUGGCGACUCAAUCGAAAGCAUUCUUUCGACGUUGAAUAAGCCUCCACAACUGAAUGAUUGGUCGCUGUAUCGAAUGCCGUCGGGAAAAUACUAUUGCAAAUCUUGCAACUCUAUCUUGGCAGAUGAGAAACUUUUUUCUCAACAUUGGUACAGUAAAAAGCACAAACUUAAAGUCAGGCAGGAAAUGGAAGAACUGUCGGGAAAAACAGAACCGAAACCGUUUUAUAACAAGCGUCCUUACGGGAAGGGCCGAUUCGUCAACAGUCAGUAAAUGUAAUACUCUUGCGAUGAUGACUAAUUAUACUCCUGAAUUCAUGAUUUCAAAUUUUUCAACAA